GCAAAGGUUGUGUGCUCCUGUCUGAACAUGACUGACUUACCGCUCCUCCUGAUCAUUUGCUGUUCAGGAUAUCUUUUUGGUGCUGAAGGCACAGUUUUUCUUGACCACGAAAAUGCCUCCAAGAUUCUUAGUCGACCAAAGAGGUAUAAUUCAGGUAAACUGGAAGAAUUUGUUCAAGGAAACCUUGAAAGAGAAUGCAAAGAAGAAAAAUGUAGUUUUGAAGAGGCCCGAGAAGUUUUUGAAAACACAGAAAAGACGACUGAAUUUUGGAAGCAAUAUGUGGAUGGCAAUCAGUGUGAGUCCAAUCCCUGCUUAAAUGGAGGUGUGUGCAAGGACGAAAUCAAUGCCUAUGAGUGCUGGUGCCCAAGGGGGUAUGAAGGAAAGAACUGUGAAUUAGAUGCCAGCUGUAGUAUUAAAAAUGGCGGCUGUAAGCAAUUCUGCAAGAUGAAUGACUUGAACAAAGUGGUGUGUUCCUGUACUACGGGAUACCAACUGGCAGAAGACCAGAAGUCCUGUGAACCAGCAGUACCAUAUCCAUGCGGAAGAGUUUCAGUUCCUCUCAUUCUUAAGAAAAUCACCCGUGCCGAAACCGUCUUCGCCGAUAUGGACAGUGCAAACUCUACUGAGGAGGACCAGAUUGCAGAUGAAGUCACACAAAUCAUUCCCCUCCAUAAAGAAGUGACUCGCGUCGUUGGUGGAGAAGAUGCCAGGAAGGGGCAGAUCCCUUGGCAGGUCGUUUUGAAUGGAAGGCUUAAAGCAUUCUGUGGUGGCUCCAUCAUCAAUGAGAAAUGGAUUGUAACUGCAGCCCACUGCAUUGUACCUGGCGACGAAAUUACUGUCGUUGCAGGUGAGCAUAACACAGAAACUCCAGAAGGCACAGAGCAGAUGCGCCGGGUGAUCCGAGCCAUUCCUCACCCCACUUACAAUGGCUCGGUGGAAAAGUACGUCAAUGAUAUCGCCCUUCUGGAGCUCGAUGAGCCCUUGCAGCUGAAUGAGUACGUGACCCCAGUCUGCAUUGCAGACAAGAAGUACACCAAGAUUUUCCUUGAGUUUGGAAAAGGCACCGUGAGUGGCUGGGGCAAGAUCUACCACAGGGGCCGCUCAGCCUCUGUCCUCCAGUUCCUGAAUGUUCCCUACGUGGACAGAGCCACAUGCCUGCGCUCCACCAAGGUCAGCAUCCACAGCAACAUGUUCUGUGCUGGCUUUCACCAGGGUGGCAAAGAUUCCUGCCAAGGAGACAGUGGGGGGCCCCAUACCACAGAAGUGGAGGGCACCAGCUUCCUCACUGGCAUCAUCAGCUGGGGAGAACAAUGUGCUAUCCAAGGCAAAUAUGGCAUCUACACGAAGGUCUCCAGCUUUGUCAAAUGGAUUAAAGAGAACACAAAACGCACCUGAGCCACGCCAGCUUUGCUCCCUUUCCGGAUUGUUGCUUGUUAUUUGGGAUUGAGAAAAGAGACAGGAAUGGCUUUGUUACUAAUCAAUGUCCUAUCGAUUGUUGGGUAUGAAUAUACAUUAUCGCACAAUGCUGCUUUUUCCUUUUGAACAGAGAGAAUUCUGGGUAGAACUCAGACUACACUGGUCUGUAUACACAAGAGGGGAAACGGGCAUUGAAUAAAUAUUAUGCUGUGACAGCGUGAUCAGUCCCACAAGGCUGUGAAGCAGACAGA